UAGUACGCGAUCGGACGCACGCGUUUAAUAUAAUAUAUUAUCAUUAACAAUACAAGACCAUGAAACACGUUGAAAUUGUCAUCGCGUCUCUGAUAUUACUAUUACAAUAUUGUGCUUCGCUUACUAUAUUAACGAUAUUCCCCUACCAUGGCAAAAGCCACUUUUUUGUGCAUCGUGUUUACAUACAAGAAUUAGUUAAUCGGGGUCACAAUGUAACUGUAAUAUCCCACUUCCCAGAAAAAAAUCCACCGCAUAAUUAUCACGACAUUAGUCUAGCAGGGAGUAUGAAAAUUUUUGAAGAUGAUUUGCCCUUUCAAAAAUCCUACUUAACAGUGAUUGGAGCCGGUAUAUUUCUUACAUUUACCGGAAAACAAAACUGUGAAGUGAUGCUAGCAAAUAAAGAAGUGCAAAAUCUUAUAAACCAAAAACCUAAGUUUGAUGUUGUUAUUGUGGAACAAUUUAAUAGUGAUUGUGGAUUGGGCAUUGCAUAUAAGUUGGGUGCUCCCGUAGUAGGAAUAACAUCCCACAUUUUGAUGCCAUGGACUUACAACAAAUUCGGUAUACCUUACCACCCUGCUUAUGUUCCUUUCCACUUUCUGGAAGGGGGAACUAAACCUACACUCUACCAACGUGUUGAGAGAACUAUUUUUGACUUUUAUUUCAAAACGCUCUAUUAUUUUGUGUCACAACGAAGCAAUCAACAAGAACUUGCUAAAUACUUUGAUGACAUACCCCCUUUGGAGGAACUUGCCCGAGAUAUAAAAGUUCUCCUACUAUAUCACAAUUUUAUUCUCACUGGUUCAAGAUUAUUCCCAGCAAACGUUAUUGAAGUUGGUGGCUAUCAUGUAUCUGAAUCAAAACCCUUGACUGAUAAAUUACGCAAAUUCGUAGAGGAAGCUGAGCAUGGUGUUAUAUACAUAAGCUUCGGGUCAGUCAUAAAAAGCUCUACAAUGCCGGAUGAUAAACUCCAAGCUAUUUUAGGGGCUAUUUCUGAAAUGCCUCAACGAUUCAUUUGGAAAUGGGAGAGCAAAAUAAAAUUACUAGACGAAAAUAAACUCUACCUCGCUGAAUGGCUACCACAAGUUGACAUUUUAGGUCACCCAAAGACGUUAGGGUUCGUAUCCCACGCUGGUAUGGGCGGCACAACAGAAGCUGUACACUUUGGAGUACCAGUCAUCGCAAUGCCACUGGUUGGAGACCAACCAUCGAAUGCUGCUGCCAUCGAAGAAAGUGGUCUAGGAGUACAACUGCAAAUAGAUGACUUGACCAAAGACAAUUUAGUUAAGACGUUUAGAAAAAUCCUAGAUCCUCAAUUCAGAGAGAACGUUAAGCGUGUAUCGAAAGCGUGGCACGAUCGUCCUCUGUCCCCUCUGGAUACCGCAGUUUACUGGACCGAAUUUGUGGCUCGCAAUCCCAACGCUACGUAUAGAACUGCUGCUGUAAAUGUACCUCUCUAUCAAUAUUGGUGCCUUGAUAUUAUUAGUGUAUAUGCUACGAUACUCAUAUGUUUAUAUUACGGUAUAAGUCUGAUCAAGAGAUUAGUGUGCAAGAAGAAUACUGAAAAGCUGAACCCGACAACUAAGAAAGAAAAUAAAAAGAGAUCAAAACGUGAUUUAUUAUUCUCAUGCGUCUGGACGCAUUGCGCGCUUCGUCUGUUAACCAUGAAUCAUGCAAUAAUAAUUGCGUUACUUAUCACUGUAUUGACUCAAAUUGCUAUUUCUAUAAAUAUCCUGGCAAUAUUUCCCUAUCAUGGAAAAAGCCACUUCUUAGUUUAUCGAAUAUUUCUACAAGAACUUGUGAAGAGAGGUCACAACGUUACUGUAAUAUCACAUUUCCCAGAAAAAGUGACGGCACAUAAUUACAAUGAUGUAAGUUUAGCUGGAAGUAUCAAAAUUCUAGAAAAUGAAGAUCUUCCCUUUCAUAAGUCUUAUCUAACAGUGCUCGGGACUGGCGUGUUUCUGACAACAACCGGAAAAGAAAACUGUGAAGUGAUGCUAGCAAAUAAAAAUGUGCAAAAUCUUUUGAACAAAAAACCUAAAUUUGAUGUUGCUAUCGUGGAACAAUUUAAUAGUGAUUGUGGAUUAGGCAUUGCAUAUAAGUUGGGUGCUCCCGUAGUAGGAAUAACAUCCCACAUUUUGAUGCCAUGGACUUACAACAGAUUCGGUAUACCUUACCACCCUGCUUAUGUUCCUUUCCACUUUCUGGAAGGGGGAACUAAACCUACACUCUACCAACGUGUUGAGAGAACUAUUUUUGACUUUUAUUUCAAAACGCUCUAUUAUUUUGUGUCGCAACGAAACAAUCAACAAGAACUUGCUAAAUACUUUGAUGACAUACCGCCUUUAGAGGAGCUUGCGCGGGAAAUCAAAGUUCUUCUACUAUAUCACAAUUUUAUUCUCACUAGUUCAAAAUUAUUCCCAGCAAACGUUAUUGAAGUUGGUGGUUAUCAUGUUUCGGAAUCAAAACCAUUGACUGGAGACUUAUGGAAAUUCAUAGAUGAGGCUGAGCAUGGUGUUGUAUACAUAAGCUUCGGCUCGGUCAUAAAGAGUUCUGUAAUGCCAGAUGACAAACUUCAAGCUAUAUUAGGAGCUAUGUCCGAAUUUCCCCAACGAUUUAUAUGGAAAUGGGAGAGCAAAACAAAAUUGCUGGAUGAAAAUAAGCUCUAUCUUGCAAAAUGGUUACCCCAGGUUGAUAUUUUAGGUCAUUCAAAAACCUUAGCAUUUCUAUCCCAUGGUGGGAUGGGAGGAACAACAGAAGCAAUACACUUCGGAGUGCCAAUGGUCGCAGUGCCGGUUUUUGGAGAUCAGCCCUCCAAUGCAGCUGCUAUAGAAGAAAGUGGUCUAGGAGUUCAACUGCAAAUUAGGGACUUGACGAAAGAGACCUUAGUUGCGGCAUUUAAAAAAGUACUUGAUCCUCAAUUCAAAGACAACGUAAAGCGUUUGUCAAAGGCGUGGCACGAUCGUCCCCUGUCCCCUCUGGAUACCGCAGUUUACUGGACCGAAUUUGUGGCUCGAAAUCCCAACGUUACGUAUAAAACUGCAGCUGCUAAUGUACCUCUCUAUCAAUAUUGGUGUCUUGAUAUUAUAAGUGUGUUUGCUACAUUAUUUAUAAUCAUCUAUUUUCUUAUAAGUCUUAUCAAGAGAUUGUUGUGCAAGAAUAGUGAAAAAGUGAAACAGACAACUAAGAAAGAAAGUAAAAAGAGAUCCAAACGUGAUUAAUUUUUUAAUUUGAAAUAAAGUUAUUGGUUGAA